AGGGAAGUCCAGGAGCAGAGCAUUCUGUCCCUCCUGUAGAGGGUCAUGUUGGGAGGUAUGUAUUUCUAGAGUCCGAUUCAGAUGUGAUACAGCCACCUCAGGAGACGUGAAUGCAGAAAUAGAGGACGGGAAGUCACGUGGUCUCCAGAACGCUGUGGGGGAUUUCCUGGCCCCGCCUACCCGUCUGUCAAUGAUGUCACCGAGUUCAUCCAUCCUAUCAGCGAGCUGCCCAUAGAGCCGGGGAAUUCCAGGGCUGCUGCUGCUGCUGCUGCUGCAGGGACGGCCAAUCCAACAACUUUGAUCGGCGGAGUUUAGUGAUCGCUGCACUGAGAUGACAGCCGCCCUCUGGGGUUGUGUACACUAAUACCAACAUAUACUGACUGUUCCUGUGAGUUUACACCUGGGAUCUGUGCAGCCGGCAGUAUGAGAGAGCCAGGCAGGACAGGGUCCCAUAGUCUUCCUCAACAGCAUGCUCCAACACUAGAAGAAGUUAUUGAUUACAUUAUCACCGAGACCUGCGACCCAGAGACACAUGAGCCCCACUGGAGCCCUGAACCUCCCUUAAUCAGUACAGUCACUGUUGCCCCAUGGACAAACCCAGUGGAACCUCCAAAUCCUAGCUUGGUGUCCUAUUUGAAACCUCCAUCACCAGAACUGGUGAUCGUAGAACAACCGAAACAGCGGGGUAUGCGAUUUCGAUACCAGUGUGAGGGAAGGUCUGCAGGCAGCAUCCUUGGAGAAAACAGUUCUGACCACAGCAAGACUCUUCCUGCUAUUGGGGUUGUGAAUGCUAGUGGCCUUCAUGAUGUCCAUGUCAUUGUGUGUCUUGUGUGGAAGGACCCUCCUUACCGCAUCCACCCGCAUAGCCUCGUGGGUAAGGACUGUCACGAUGGCAUUUGCGAGAUUAUACUGCAUCCAGAUGAAGGUCUGACCGAGCACAGCUUUAGUAAUCUUGGCAUCCAGUGUAUUCGGAAAAAGGAAAUCGAGUCAUCAGUCAAAGCGAGGCUCAAGUUGGGAAUAGACCCCUACAAUGCUGGUAUGUGGCGGCACCAUGAAGAGGUGGAUCUAAAUGUGGUCAGACUUUGCUUCCAAGCGUGGUAUAUUUCGUCAAUGGGACAAAGAAAUUAUAUCAGCCCUGUGCUGUCAGAGCCAGUGUAUGAUAAGAAAUCCACCAACACAUCGGAGCUGAAGAUCUGUCGGAUGAAUAAAGAUUCUGGGCGUUGUGAAGGUGGAGAUGAGAUUUACAUACUGUGUGACAAAGUACAGAAAGAGGACAUCCAGGUGAUGUUCGUGGACAGUACGUGGGAAGCCCGUGCUGAUUUCUCGCAGGCUGAUGUGCACAGACAAAUCGCCAUCGUCCUGAAGACUCCACCAUAUCAUGAUCUGCACAUCACAGACCCAGCUUGUGUCCAAGUCUGUCUACAGAGGAUCACAGAUGGGAUCCGCAGCGAAGGACUGGUCUUCACGUACAUGCCGCGGCACAACAAUUCCUACAGCCUGCACAAAAAGCGUCCCCGUCUCAGCUGCCCGCUAGACGAGUUUAAUGGCCCCGAUCCACAUGGGAUUGAGUUGAAAAGAAAGCAAGCAAGACCAGAUUACAUGAAUCACUGUACUUCUAAUGCAGACUUUGGCAUGACCUUGCCGGAUCCUUUCCCGCCAUUUGAUUACUUGUCUGGCGUUAAUUUGACGGCAGCUGACCCUGCACUGGAUGACGCCCCCCCAUUUGAAGAGAUGCCUUCAAACCUUGAAGUCCUCAUGUCGUGGAUACCCCAGGAGGUGGAUGACAUAGCAGCCCCAUGUCACUUUGAAAACUUUGCACCCUGCACUGAGGACGAAGCAACAGCCAGCUUAGUAGGGUUCAGCCUCGCCCUCACAGGAGAACAAGAGAGGCGGUUCUCAGAUUGCAGUUACCCAGAGGAUACACAAAUGGGUGGUUGCUGACCAUUGGUCAGAAACAUAUGUCAUCGUAUAUUGGGGGUCAUUCCGAGUUGUUCGCUCGUUAUUUUUUUCUCGCAACGGAGCGAUUAGUCGCUAAUGCGCAUGCGCAAUGUCCGCAGUGCGACUGCGCCAAGUAAAUUUGCUAUGCAGUUAGGAAUUUUACUCACGGCAUUACGAGGUUUUUUCUUCGUUCUGGUGAUCGUAGUGUGAUUGACAGGAAGUGGGUGUUUCUGGGCGGAAACUGGCCGUUUUAUGGGAGUGUGUGAAAAAACGCUACCGUUUCUGGGAAAAACGCGGGAGUGGCUGGAGAAACGGAGCAGUGUCUGAGCGAACGCUGGGUGUGUUUGUGACGUCAAACCAGGAACGACAAGCACUGAACUGAUCGCACUGGCAGAGUAAGUCUCGAGCUACUCAGAAACUGCACAGAGAAGUCUUUUCGCAAUAUUGCGAAUCUUUCGUUCGCAAUUUUGAUAAGCUAAGAUUCACUCCCAGUAGGCGGCGGCUUAGCGUGUGCAAAGCUGCUAAAAGCAGCUUGCGAGCGAACAACUCGGAAUGAGGGCCAUUAGCUGGAAGUAAUUCGCAGAUGGUGCUUCCUCCCCUUAUUUUUGGCAAGUUCUAACUGGAUGGAAAUCCGAUAUCGAGAGGUUCUGAUGGUGUUUGUAAAUAGAGAUAUCAGUAUACUCACAAUCUCGGCAUUAAGACUGAAAAUCCCACUACAUCACAAAAAGUGUAAAUAAGACCUUGGAUGAUAUAAUGGACAAAGACAUUUACUAAAUACUUAUAAACUACUACCUUAAUCCUAACCUCCAAAGUAGGUGACUACCAUGGUUAGCACUCUUUUUGGGUAAAUUCAUUUGAUAAGAAAUGACAAGAAACUUAACGCACUAACUGUUUUUGUAUGUAGAUAUUAAAACAACAUAUUUUUUAAAAAA